AUGAUGUGGUCCUCGUCUGUCGACCCAGUCCGCGGCCUCGUCGCAGCAGCUCUCUGUGCCUCUGUCUUGACGCUGCUUUAUACUCGAUUAUUCCGGAAAAGGUACCCGUAUCCGCUGCCUCCGGGGCCCCCAGGCAAGUUCCUAGUCGGGAAUCUAGGCCAGCUAAGCGUCGACCACCCAGAAGAAGACUACAUACGAUGGGGCAAGGAGUAUAACUCGGAUGUCAUCUACACCAAUGUGCUGGGUCAGCACAUGAUCAGCCUCAACAGCGUCAAGGCGGCGAAUGACUUACUCGAUCGUCGCGGCGCCAACUAUUGCGACCGUCCUCGGUUUACUCUUUUCGAGGUAAUGGGAUGGGGUCUGACCUUGACCUUUUUGCGAUGGGGCCCGCAGUUUAAACUGCACCGGCGGCUGUUCCAGAAUACCUUUACGCAGUCAAACGUCAAGAUAUUCAGGCCGAUACAGCUGCAUGAGUGCAGAAAAGCCGUCAAGCUGCUGAUCAAGGACCCUGAGGAUUGGGAAAAGAUUACCCUCCUAUUGACCACCAGCAUCAUAUUUCGCAUCGCUUUCGGCCAAGAGAUUACCGACAAAGAAUCUCCAUAUUGUGCCAUGUCCGAGGCUGCCAACGAUGCAACCACCAACGGCGGCAUCGCAGGCGCGACUCUCGUUGACAUCUUCCCCCUCGCUCGCUUUAUCCCCAACUGGUUGAACCCGUCGUCAUCGCUGCGACAUGCAAGGGCAAGUCGCCCAGCUAUUCAGACGAUCCACGACAAGCCGUGGGAAGCAAAUAUGAAGGACAUUGAGGCUGGCACCGCCGGCCCUUCUUUCAUGCAGACGCACUGGGACAAGUACCUCGAGAAUGCCAAGACUGGAAAGCCGCAAGAGAUGACUAUUGAGGACAUCAAAGGCGCGACGGGUGCCGUCUUUAUCGCAGGGGGCAACAGCACUUGGGGAACAAUUCUCUCCAAUAUGCUGUUCCUGACCAAGUACCCAGAGAUCCAGAAGAAGGUCCAAAAGGAGAUUGACGCACUACUGCUCAAUGCGGAAGACGGCAAGCCACGCCUGCCCACAUUCGAGGACCGCGAGGCGCUCAAGGCCCUGGACAACUUUAUGAUGGAGACGCUGCGCUGCCUACCCCUCAACCCGCUCGUGAUCCCGCACAAGAGCCUCCAGGACGAUGUCUACGAGGGCAUGUUCAUCCCCGCCGGCACGACCGUAUUUGCCAAUGCCACAGCCAUCACCAAAAACCCUGACACGUACGCCGAGCCGUCACAAUUCGAUCCCGACCGGUACGACCGCGGCGAGCCGCACCCGAGCGGCAAUUUCGGCUUUGGUCGUCGCAAAUGUCCAGGUAACUGGCUCGCGCUCGCGAGUGUGUACAUGUUUCUCGCCACUUUCCUCACUAUUUUUGAGCUGGAGCAGGUGAUUGGAGAGGAUGGCAAGCCUAUCGUGCCGGAGCCCGGCGUGUCGAUAGGUCUAGGCGGACACCCAACACCCUUCAAAUGCAAGGUAAAAGUUAGGAAUCCAGAAAUGGCAAGGCUAAUCAUGAAGGAAGACCACUGA